GUCACGUUGUCGCUGAACGUGGGCACGUGGCUCACAAGGCGACCGGCUCAGUUGAUUGUGGCACAGUGUUGCGUGCGGUGGCUCUCGCUUCUCUCCUGUACUCUCUUCGUCGUUCGUCAGCUGCCCUUCGAUACGGUUCCGUACCGACGACGCUAUUUAAUCAGCGGGAAAAGCCGAGAAGCAGCACAACGCCCGUCGUGAUCAGUCCCUAGUAGUGAUGAUUCGAGUCCUUUUCCCUCUCAAUAUCAUCAUCCUGUGUGACUUCCAUACCAACCGAGUCAUCAAAGAACCAUUCCGUGAGCAGGACUGUGUGCGAUUCUUAAAUCGUUAAUCUCCGACACCUUCCCAAGUGCAGUGACUAUAGACAAACCGUUACUUCUCAAGCUUCAGCAUUUCCGGUCUUAUUUGGCCUCGGUAUACGGGCAUGGGCUCGGACAACUACCAGGGCUUCCGGUUCAUGGGUCAGCAGCAGCAAGUAGCCUACCCCUGGCACCAGCAGCAGCAGUGGGCUCAGCACAAGGGCUACGAGCUGCAACAGCACCAUCAGCACUCCCAGCAGCCGGUCCCACCUCCGCCCAAGCGGUACCUCUUUGCCAACAGUGCAGGAAAAUCCUGUGGAAAAGAAAGCCCAGACAAAAAAGAUGACAACGAACUAUGGAGCAAUGUCGAAGCUCAGGCUGCUUUCCUUGGACCAAACCUUUGGGAGAAAACACUGUCAUACGACUCAGAUCUCAAGUGUUCGCACGAGAGAGAUCCCAUGGGAAAAGAGCCUGAGUAUGUGGACCUGGACGAGUUCCUGUCGGAGAAUGGGAUCCCGGUGGAAGGAGGGACGGGGACCGGGAUGCCGAACGGCAUGUCGCCCCACAAACCGGAGAGUGGCCGUAUCUCCCCCAGCAGCAGCUCCCAGCAGAGCAUGUUGCCUAAGCGGGAGCGAUCUCCCUCCCCCAGUGAGCCCAUGAGCCCGCUUAACGUCAGCCCGCCCUCACCUGCAGACUCCACGCUGUCCUUUGCAUCUUCAAGUAGAGAUUUUGACCCAAGAACAAGAGCUUUCUCAGAUGAAGAACUAAAACCACAGCCCAUGGUCAAAAAGUCCAGAAAACAGUUCGUCCCAGAUGGUAUGAAGGAUGAGAAAUACUGGGCAAGACGCCGUAAGAACAAUAUGGCCGCCAAAAGAUCACGAGAUGCACGCAGACUUAAAGAGAACCAAAUUGCCCUUCGUGCAGGAUUUUUAGAAAAAGAGAAUAUCGGGCUUCGCCAGGAGAUGGAGCGGCUGAAGAAGGAGAACCUAUCUCUGCGGGACAGGUUGUCCAAGUUCACGGAGAUAUAGGUGGCGAUGCAGCGUGAUCUCACAUCACGAGGACACCUCCACUAGAACUUUACUGAGUGUUCGGUACCAGCGGCGAGAUCGUAUGUGGAAUCUCAGACUAGAGCUGACAGCUGUGACAUGAUACACUUGCGCUCGCGGUGUGGUGCGAGCGAACAGUACCCACGCCGUGCUCGUGUUCUUCUUCUGGCCCUCCCUUACUGUGGAAAACUAUUUGGUGCUUCUUUUAAGUGAGCUUUUCUUACAAAUUACAAAUGCUCCUGCAGUAACAGAACGAUUUCAGUUUAUCUAGUACUCUUCGGAAAGGUUUUCUUCAACACUACAUCUAUUGCAUGCAGCCUUCCUCGGGAAUUGCACAAAAUGGGUUGUUUGUUUUUUUAUUUUAUCCCAAUAAAAUAAAAUUUGGAAUAUACUUUUCUCAAAAAUUACUUUGCUGAUAUUGUGACUAAAUUUGUAUAAUUUUGCCUCUGUGAUGAAUAAAAGAAUGUAAUAAUUUUGUACCUCAGGGUGAAUACAAAACCUGUACAGCUUUGAGUUUUGGCACUCUGAGUUUAAUUUACCAUUAUCCAUAAUUUUAAUGUAUAGUUACUUAAUUUUAUAUAAAACCGUUAAUUUUAUUGAUAAAGCAUUUUAUGUAAAGUAGCCUUAUAUAGAUCUAUGUGUUGUUCUUAUUUUAUGUUUUAACAUCUUGAUUUCACGAGUAAAUAAAUUUGUUUUUAUGAUUUAUAUUUUAUAUAUUUAUAAUAAAAUUAUUAUUAUGUGUACAUAAUAAACCUUCAUACCUGUUACUUCAUAUGAAACCAUUACAUCACCCUUUCAUUUUGUAAUGUAGAUGAUGUUACAUGCUUCUUUAGUGUGUGUCUUUCAAGUUUCCUGGAGGUAUUAGUUUGGGGAACUAAGUAAAUGGAAUUGGGAUAAAACAGUAGUCUCCUCAGGUGUCUCAACAAGGAUGAUAUUCUUAAUCUGACAGCUAUUUAGGUCUUAGUCGAAUCAUGUCAUAGCUUUCCAGGAGUGGCAGAAUGAAUGUUCGUUCCUCCUUUCCUAAUCCCGCUUGAGGGAAAGGUUGAAUAGAGUUGCUGAAGGCUUACUGGGGGUAAAUCUGUUACCUUUGUACAUUUAAUAUUUUAAGUGAUAUAUUUUAUGAUUUAAACUUGUGAUAAUUUAACAUUGCAAUAGAUUAUAAUUGUGUAGUUGGGAGAAUCACUUUAUCUUCAGUUCGUAUAUUUCUUGGAAUGAAUUGUUUGGUUAAAAUACAUUUUGUUGUGCUAAAUACAAAAAUAUAAUAAUAGAGUUACCUUACGACAAGUUAUUUAACAUUUUUACCUUUUAUAUUAAUACCUGCGGGACUGUACUAUAAGAGGUUGACAGUCAUCCUAUACUGUUAUAAGAUGUAGACACCAUACAGAGUCUACUGCAGUCUAUGUGUUUACUAGCGUACAAUAGCUCUAUAGCUAUUACACUGUGGAAGUGUACUGUAAAACCUGACUGUGAUCCAGGACUGUUGUUGAUUGUAGACAUCGCACAGUGUCUACCGCAGUCUACAUGUUAACUACUGUAUAUUACCUCUGUGGCUACUAUGUAGUUGUCAUGUUGACUGUGGGAGGUUACUGUAAAACUAACAAUCACCCAUGACAGUUGUCUGAUUGUAGACCAUAUCUACCACAGUCAUUGCGUUAACCAGUGCGCAACACCUAUGUUACUACUUACACAUGUAGUUGACAUCUUCACUGUGGGAGAGUACUGUGAAAAACACAGUCUCCCGGUACUUUUAUCUGAUUGUAGACACCAGACAGUUUCUACUGCAGUCUACAUGUUAACUACUUUGCAAUACCUCUGUAGCUAUUACACAUGAAGUUAUCGUACUCACUGUGGGAGAGUACUGUGAAAAACUUACAAUCAUCGAAGACUGUUGUCUGAUUGUAGACCACAUCUACCACAGUCAGUGUGUUAACCACUGUACAGUACCUCUGUAGCUAUAUUACAUGUAGAUGACAUCUUCACUGUUGCAGUUCACUGUGAAGAUUUAACAGUCAUCCAAGACUGUUGUUUGAUUUUAGACACUACCUUACAGUGUCUAUCUCAGUCGACGUUUUAAACAUUUUUAUCUGUGUAAGACAUUAAUUCGCCCUUUAUACAAUAAGAACUUGCUUGUUUUUAUUUUUGUUUUCUCAUGAUCUUCCGUAGUAGGCAACUAAGCUAUUUCAGCUUUGCUAUGUACAAUUUACUGUUUACCUAUACAUUUUAUUGUAUUAAAAAUAUAUUAUUGAGUAGUAAUGGUAACUGUAUAUUGUGCUACAUGGAAGGUGUGUGGUUUUCAAUUAAUUAGGAAUAAAAUAUAAAUUUAUGGAAUUGAAAUGUUUUACAUGCUUUUCCUGUAGUUAUUUGUCAUUAGUUAGAUGUGAUGUUUAGUGUUAUAGCAGAAAUGUUACAAUAUUAAAGAAAAGCUAUUUUUGUACUUGUAUCACUUCAGUUUUCCUGAGCAAGCAUCUUCCGUUAAGUAGAUUAUUUUGUCAAGCUUAGCAACUAUUUUAAAAUUAUAUACAAUAUCAAAAUUUGUAUAAAAUAAAAUUUUCCUUUUGAACAUGAAUAAGCAAAUCAAUGAUAAUUAUUUUAGCUCAGUUCAUAAGCAUCAUUUUACUGAUAAGAAUGUAUUGUUUUUAUUAUACAAUUCUGAGAGUUUAUCCAGAAUGAAUUGAGUUUUAUAAAUAAUAGCUCAUUGGGGAAUACUCUGAUUGGUAAGGAAUACCAGUAACGCCCACAAGGUACUUAUAGCUUAUUUAUUAGAGCACUAUUAAUUGCUCUUAAUGGUUGAAGUUUAAUAUGUGAAAGGUUUUUGAAAGGAAUUACAUCAAAACAAAGUGUAAUAUUUUUUGUUAAGAGUAAAAUUUUCAGCUCUUUUGUUAAUCAGAUGAGGUUUCUGUGUUCUUGGUCAGUUGACCAAAAAUUAAAAUUAAUUUAGAAAAUACACUUCACUUUGGUGAAGACAAAAUUGAGUAUUUUAUUAAAACAUACUAAAAGGAUUUAAUAGUGUGUUUUGCAAAAUGUCGUUCUAAUUUGUAAUGGACUUGUCUAUACUUGACAAAUAAUUCAUUUUACUAAAUCUUUAUAGUCAGACCUUCAGUUUUAUAAUAUAUACACAAAAUAAAUUAAACUAAGGAACUGUGGACAAAUGAAAUAUUAGUAUAAAUGUACUUAUAGUUUCUUCCACUGAUUAGAAUUAUGUCUAUUCAAGCAUUAUGAGACCUUCAUUACUGAAAAUAACUUAGGCUUAUAUUUGUUACUUCUCUUUGUAAAUAAUGAUUUUUUCAUUUAACCAAAAAUAGGGACCUAUUUUCCAAAAGGAAGUUUUAUUUAGUUCUGUAACUUAGAUUAAACCUUCACCUCUUGUAAGUAAGUGUCUGUGCGACCCUGUUAAUCUUUCAUCGAUGUUUACUUCUGUAUAAAAGUUAGUCAAAAGCAGAAGAGGUUUUGACUGCAAUCCAAAUGGGUAUAGAUGUUAAUUGUAUGUUGACACAUGCAUGUUAUUACAUGAUAUGUUUUGUUUCAUUCUAUUAAAUGUAUUAAAUUCUAUAGCCUUAUAAUAAAGUGUUUUCAAGAUAAUGUUAAA